CAGUUCAACUUCAAACUACCGGAUGUGACGUUAAGAACGGCCGUUUUUUUCCCCCACUUUAGUAUUUUCCUCUCAACAAAAGUUUCUGGUUUAAAGUUCUCUUUUGUGCAAAUUUUUUAACUUAGUUCUCCUUUAACGCUGUAAAUGUCUCAUCGGUUUGUGGUUGUACCAAAACCAAAGUGUGGUUGUACAUUAAUUAAGGGAAGCUAGCCAAAAAUUAGCCCGUAUUAGCCUCAAAAGCUUUAGAGAAAUGUUCGUCUGUGAGAAAAAUGAAGGGAAAAGUGUCGCGAUUAAGACUGAGCCCCAACGAAGAGGCUCGGAUAAUUCGAGAGGAGCAUGAAAGAAGGAGAAAACUACGAAUACAACAGGUGCGGGAGCAGCAGAGGUACAUCGCACAGCAGAUCCGUCGUAAGGUUGAGCAAAGACGGCAACAUGAGCUUCAACUGCUGGAGAAGGAACUGCGGGAGAACUGGGAGCGUGAACACGGGGAGAAACUCCAAACACUGGAGAGGUUAUACCAGGAGAGUCUACAGCUGGUCGGCCAGAGCCACAGGAGCGCAAAAGAAAAUGAACCCGACCUUACAGCCAUGGUUCAGAAAGAAGAGGAAAAUCAUGCCAAAGCAGAGGAGCGUUUUCGAGAAGCACUAAAGGAGCUCAAAACACAAAAGAUCAAAGAUCAUGAGAGGCAAAGCCAAUCCAUCGGUGCCAGGAAGAAGGCUCUACAGGUCGAAAAGGAAAGAUCAGCGAAAGUGGCCAGCCUCCCUCCACCUGCUCCAAACCUCAUUCAACAGAACAUUGAUCCCAAAAAGCCACGCACAGGAAGGAGAUAUGAUCCAAGUUUCUUCGCUAACACAUAUUACCACAUGAUUGAGAGCGCCAUAGAGACCGAGGCAGAAGCGAUUCAGAUUAAUGCCCAUGAGGAAGCUCAGCUGGAGGAGAGGAGGCUGCAGGGCCUGCAGGAGGAGGAAACCAGGAGACGAGAGGAGCAGGUGGAAAAGGCUCGUCUCAGAGGGCGGCAGGCUCUGAGGAGGGAGCAUCUUGUGCAGGCUCGUGAGCGUUUCCUGGUUGAGUUGGAGCACCUGCAUCAGACUGAUCUGCUGAGGAGGAGACAGCAGGUGUCACAGAUGCAGCCGCAGAUCUUUCAGCCUCUCUAUAAGAGACAAGAGACGAGGGAGGACUUUCAGAGGGAGAUGGAGUUUGCCUUCGAGGACAUGUAUACAGGAGAGAGACGGGUUAAAGGUGACCUGGUGAUCCAGCUGGUUCCUGAGCCUCUUCCAGCUCUUUCUGCCAGUAGCCAUGAUCAAGAGCUGGAUGUUACUUUGGAUGAAACCGCCGUGCCUGAAGCAGAAAGUGCGCAGAAUGACUCAGAACAAGAAGUUGGAAGCAGUGAGAAGGAGACCUCUGCUGAAGUGGAGCCUUCAAAGCCGGCUCCUAGACGGGCUCUGAGGAAACUUCUGGAUCGGAUCAGGAGCCAGAGGGACGAGUGGAUUAACAACGGCAGUCAGGACUCUGCAGCGGAUUCACCAACAAUCUUCACAGAGCAGAUCCCAGACAGAGACACGACCAUCGAAUCAGGAUCUUUACCCAGUGAGGAGAAAGACAAACAGACUCCCUUUGAGCUCCGCAAAUCCACCAUCCCCCCUCCAGGCAUGGAGCCAAUAAACCAGCCAGACCAUUUGCUCCCUGACCCUCUCGCCAGCAGCAUCCAACAAUUUGAAGAACAAAAGAAAAGAGAGGAAGAGCUUGAGAAGGAGAAGCAGCAGCAGCUGUUCCUGUUGCAGGAGCUGGAGGAGCAGAAAGCCAAACUAGAGCAGAUGCUGCUGGAGGCUCAGCAGGAGAGGGAGCGUCUGAAGGCGGCUGUGACCCGGGAAGCAGCUCUUAAUCAACCUGAAGCACCUGUCAGGAACCAGGAAGUCUCUCCUGGGUCAACCACUGAGUCGGUUCCUCCUGCUGGUGAGGAUGACCACACCAGAAGAAUCAGAGAAUAUCAGCAACGGCUGUUGGAACAAAACAGAGUUCACCAGAGAUCAGUGGAAGUGGCUCGUCAGCGUUUGGAAGAAUACCAGCGAGCUCUACAAAUUCGCCACAACAUGAGCAGCAGAUCUUUUCUCCCUGGUGUCAUUCAGUCGCCUGUGCGUGGUUUUAACUGUUCAAUUCCUGUUCACCUCCACCCUACGCCUGCAGGGCGUCCAAGCGCUCAGAAUCAACCACAGAUCUUUAUGGACACUGCCACAACGUCUAGCUCACCUCCCUGUCCUGCUUCCAGUGGCUCCAAGUCGCUGUUGGAAGAAUCUGCUUCAAACACCUUGAAGAUGCAGGGGGCUGAUGUCUGUGAUCAGCUGGCUGACAGCAUAAUGAAGAGAGUAACAGAACAUUUACCAGAGAGACUGAGACCUUCUCCUGUUUCUAAAGAGCAGCUGUCUACAGCACACGACUCAACCAUCUCCCAGUCAACCUCUGAUCCUAGCCCGAGCAUCUCCAGUGGUGCUCCUCUUGAUCCAGGUUUGCAGCCCGUGUCUCUGUUCUCCAGGGAGGACGGUAUGGAGCAGCAGAAGCGAGAGCUGCAGGAGGCCCGGAUACGGGUGGUGGAAAAGAGGGAGGCAGUGGUUCAGCAGCAGAAGCUGCAAGAAGAAGAGAGACAGAGAAAGAUGGUAGAGAUGGAGCAGAUGAGGAGGCAAAAGGAGACGCUGCAGGCUUUGAUUAAGACGAAUGAACAGCAUGUGUCAGACCUUCCCAGUGAAAGAUUGGAGUCAGAGGAGAUUGGUCAAAAUCGGCUCCGGUUGCUUGCCUCCCUGCUGAGGACCAUUGAGGAGUCAAAUGGGGGGAGUUUAUCACAUUUGGAGGAACCUGAAGACAUGGAGGACCCUGUUCAGGUCGCCGUUCCUCUUGGACCUCCUCAGAUUUCAGAUUUCCCAUCAAGACAUUUUCAUCCUCGAGCCCUCAAACCCCCCGUGACACGGAUGAAAAUGGGCUUCAAAGAAAUUAUGGAACCACAUGAGCUCAGUGUCAUUCAGGAGGCAGAGACUCCUGUCAACAUCAGUCAAGUUGCAGGCCCUGAAGAUGUGAACAUUAAUUUGUGCAUCGCAGAUCCAAGUCUGCAGGACGAGUCAAUAUCAUUCGUGUCAUCUGACGGGACACCGUCUGUGUGCAGCAGCGGACAACGGGCAGCUGAGAGACGAGUCGCCUCCGAGACAUCCAGCCAUCUUGUCUGGAGAGAGCGACUCCUUUCAGGGGCAGGAUCCCCUCCAAGAGCUCCGGACUUUGUUUCCAUCCUGAAAACAAUGUCGCCACUUUCUUCUGAUUCUGGAAGAGGAGCGGACUUUUCUGGUCUUGCAAACGCCAGCUACAGAUCUCCUACCGAGCCUCUUGGCAGUUCUCCACGGUCGGAGUGCCUCUCCACCACGAUUUCCAGCGGCAGCUACGUCACCACAGACCCCGAGCGAAACGUUAACACCGAUACAAUUUUGUCCUCCAAGCAAAGAAGUGGAGCAGAUUUAAGCAACGUCUCUUCUCCACCUUGUCCAACUCUGCGUACGGAGGAGAACUCUUCGGCAGGCUGUUCUCCUUUGUCUGCUGUGUUUAAUGGCCACAGCAUCCAGAGUAUUAUUGAUAAAUACACCAGGGAGCUCGAUGUGUCCCUCAGUGCUGCAGGAACUGCAGCAGGGAGGAGGACGGACGAUGAAAUUUCAACAAGUCAUCUGUCUCUGCUGUCUCACUCUGCAGGAACUCAGAGGAGUGUCCUGGAGCGCUUUUCAGCUGAAGGCUCGUUUCUGACUGAGGAUCACACACAGGACUCUUUCCGACCUUUGAUUGGCCAUCUGACCGACCAAUCAUCCUGUCUGGCUGCUGAUCAGAGGGAGUCUGCCCUGGAGCAGCUGGUCGGUCAGCCAUCAGCUCACUCUUCAAUAAUCGGCCAUCUGCCAGGAACUUCUGCCUCUCCCAGCUUUGAUCGCGGUGGAUGGGACUCCACUCUGAGUCGGAUGAUCGGCCGGCUUUCCAACCUUCCCAGUUCUCAUUGGCUGAGUCCUGGGAAUGAUUUUACAGCUGGUCAGCUUACGGGUCAGAUGUUGGCCGAGUCGUCAUCAUUGGAGGAGAGUCGUAUGAGACCGCUGGCUGAGGAGCUGGAUGAGUCCGCUGACCAGCACAGCAGAAACUCAGAAGAACAUCAUGUGGCUGUCUGUGUUUCCACGGAAGAGGGUGUUCUGUCACCUGGAACGUCGCCAUCCGAGGCCUCGUCUCACAGUACACCGUUCCCAGCUGUAAGUCAACAUCUGCAGGACCCAACCAGUCCAGGGAACAGGGCUAAAGAAGAUUCAUUUCACCCGCUGCCCGCUGAAAUCACCCACAAUGAAACGGCCGACUCCUCCAUGACCUUUCAUUUUCCUCAACACAAUUUGUCGGAUGUUCCUGAAGGACUUCCCAGCCAGCAUAACGUUUCCACACCUUCUGUAGAUGCUUUCUCGUCUCCUGAGCAGUUGCGUACUGAGGAUCCGAACUGUUGUGCUGCUUCCUCUUCCUUUCACGGAUCCUUCUCCCAGCUCGUUAUCUCUGAGCACCCCCCUCAGGACUCUGUUGUCAUUGUGUCACCAAAUUUAAAGGCUAAUGAGGAGCAAAAUUCUUGCACCCUGUCAAAUUUAACCAUGUGUGAUGACGCACCAGGCCCGGAGAUGGCAGAUUCAGUGGUGGUGAUGUCAGGUGGAAAUGAAAACUGGGGGGAUUCUCCUGCUUCAGAUGACAGAUUGACAUCAGCCAGUGAGAGAGGGAUCCUUGAGCAGUCAGAGAUAACGUUGGUAAGUCUGACAGACACCACCGUACAGGACGAGGAGGUGACGGUCACCGAGGAGGAAGAGGACUUACCAGAGGAAACCAGGACGGAUAACCAGGAAGGCCAUGAGAUGAUGGGGCUUGAAUCUACAUUGUCAUGCAAUGAAACUCCUGAGAAGAACUGUCAGACACUUCCUGUGACUGUCCUGGAGUUUCAGUGGGGUCCUGGUGAAGACUUGCAGAACGUUUUCCAGCAGAGGCGUGACGCUCUUCUUCUGAGAUCCAACCGCAGGGUGGAGGAAAUCAAAGCCAAAGGUGCUUGUGCCAAGAGCCAGCGCAAGAGGCAAGCUCCAUUUAAAGGAAGUGAGUCGGCAAAAGCCAGUGGUGGUCUUCCUGUCACCUGUGUGGAAAAAGCUUCACCAGAGCCUCAACAAAAGACAGAAACCCGGGCGAAGACGCAUGUUCAACCUCAAGUGAGAAACUUCAGACUCAAAAAUGCAGAUAAGGUGAAGAUCUGCACACCUGAGCAAAGGAAACAUAAUCUUUCUGAGAUGCACAUAAGAACUCAGAGACUUUAUGAGCAGCUGGAGGAGGUGAAGCAGCAGAAAACCAAGACCAGACAAGAGGAUUAUGCCAAAAACCGGAUGAAGGCAAAGGAGUUCCACAAGAAAACGUUACAGAAGCUUCGUGCCCAGCAGACUCGACAGUGACAUUAAGUCAUCUUCGUCACAUUAUCUUAGUGUUUUAAUUUAAUUUAUUUCACUUUAGUUUUUUUUAAAUCAAUAAACUAUUGAAACAGUU